AUGUCUCGCCCCGGCAGCCCCGGAGUCGACUCUGGAGUGACUCCGCCUUCCUUCCUCCCUCCCUCGCUCCUCCAGCCGCGCAGGGCCCCUUCCCUGCUCCAGGAAAACGCAAGCCAGGAAACCCGCCGAGGCAUCUGCCUCCCUCCCUCCCCUCGCCAGCCGACGUUGCCUUGCUUUCCCUUCUUCGCCCCGCGCUUUCUGCCUUCGGUUCUGCUUCCCUCCCAACUUCAGUUCUCGGCGCCCCCUUUUCCCUCUCCCUUUCGCUCCAGUAGUCAUGCCUUCUUCUUUUCUUCCCCUCCUCUUCCUCCUCUUGCGCUCGCUGCCUGCCAGCCGGGCCCAGCUCUCGGCGGGUUCAAGCCGGCUGACCCCUUACGACUCCCUCUACGCCGACGGGGUGCGGGCGUAGCGGAGCUCCUGCAGCGCUCCUUGCACAGCUACUCCCGCUUGCAGGACGUGCGCCGCGGGUGCCAGCGGAGCUGCCAAGGGGAAGCCGGCUUCGCGGAGGUUCGGCCGGCCGCUUCGCCGCCUUGGGAGGCGGGCUUCUUUGAGCGGGUUUUGCAGCGGGCCGAGUGCCUGGAGGAGUGCCUGGGGCGCAGGCUCGGGGGGCAGCCGACCCGCCACCGGGUCAGCCGAGCCGUCGAGCAGGAGUUUGAAGAGAGGGAGCCCUACAAUUAUUUACAAGUGGCUUUCUUCAAGCUAAAGAAACUAGACGAGGCGGUCUCUUCAGCUCACACAUUCUUCGUAGCCAAUCCACAGCACUUACAGAUGCGUGAGGAUAUAGAGAAGUACCAGCGCAUGGCGGGAGUCAAAUCAGAAAGCUUUCGCGACCUUGAGGCCAUGCCACACUGGGAGGCAUACGAAGCGGGACUGCGACAUUACAGUGUGGAUGACUACCAACAGGCAUUGACAAAGCUGGAGGAGUCACUGAAAGAGGGGCUGGUAGCCCUGGAGGACUGCCGAGCACUUUGCGAAGGGCCCCAAGAAGCGGAGGACGGAGAAGACAACAUGCAGCUUGGGCUCUAUGAAGCUAUUGCAGCUUACUACAUCCAGGUGUUGAAGUGCAGGCAGCAGUGCAUCUUCGACCUUGCCACCAAGCCAGGGAGGGUCUCUUCCACAGAAGAUUUUAUCCCAUCUCAUUUUGAUUUGCUGCAGUUUGCCUAUGACGGAAUUGGGGAUCAGGUGGCGGCGGCUGAAUGUGCAGCCACCUACUUGCUCUUCUAUCCCAAAGAUGAGGCAAUGCAGGAGAAGCUGAACCAGUACCGAGCAGAGAUAGGAGAAGACAUCCCGGUUGCACCCAGAGAGAUCAUCCACCUUUAUGUGCAGAGGUCUCUGAUGGAGAAGAAACUCAUUUACUAUGCAGUAGAACAUCUUGGGGAAACUUUUCAUGACCCUGAACCAUGGACGCCUGAAGAGCUCAUUCCUGAAAGCAUGAAGGAAAAGCAGAAAGAAGAUAAAGAGAAGCAAAGCCUGAGGAUCUCAGAUUUGGAACAGCAAGGGAGAAGUGAGUCACUCCCCUUUGAAGGCAUCACCAUCACCAUGGACUCCCAGCAACUCAAUGGCUCCCAGCGGGUUGUCUUGGACAGAGUGCUGACCGAGUCCGAAUGCAAAGACAUCCUUCGUUUGGCUAAAGCAGCUGGAGGAGCAGGAGAUGGCUACCGUGGCAGGCGUUCACCUCACACCCCACACGAGAGAUUUGAAGGCUUAACAGUGUUAAAGGCUCUGCAGCUGGCAGAAGAAGGUGUCGUGAACUGGAAGGAUGCUAAGCUGUUCUUGCAAGCCAGUGAGAAAUCCAGGGAAAUUGUGGAAUCCUAUUUCACCCCUGGGAAAAGCCUCAAUUUUUCCUUCACGCAUCUUGUGUGUCGCACAGCUGCAGAAGGUGAACAGGAAGGUCGCAUGGAUCUCAGCCACCCAGUCCAUGCAGAUAAUUGUCUCUUGGAUCCAGAGGGAAACACUUGUUGGAAGGAGCCCCCAGCCUACAUAUACAGGGACUAUAGUGCCAUCCUUUACCUGAAUGAUGACUUCCAAGGGGGGAACCUCUUUUUCACCGAGAAGGAUGCUGUGACUGUUACAGCCCAGGUGCGUCCUAAAUGUGGGAGGCUGGUGGCCUUCAGCUCUGGUGGGGAGAACCCCCAUGGUGUGUGGGCAGUGACCCAAGGGAGGCGCUGUGCCAUUGCCCUUUGGUACACCCUGUCUCCAGAGCACGUGGAACAGGAACGGGCCCAAGCAGAAGAGCUGAUAAGACAAGCAAAGGAGAAAGAACAGUCAGAUCCAGACGGCGAGGAGAAUACAGGCGCCGGGCAUGGUGGUCGAGACUCACCAGAGCCCCCCUCUCUUAGGGGAAGAGCUAGGUCCACCAGCCGAAGGGCCAAAUCAGACUCAGAGUCUGGGGUACGGUCCAUGGGACAGCGAGCCAGAGAUGAAUUCUGAGCAGAUUUGAGAGGCUCCAGCCUUGCAGCUCUUGUCAGUAACCCACGCAAAUGAAUGACAUGGGUGUGUUUGUGACUGUGAAUCUUUCUACGAGGGACUAAUGACAUCUGCAUGGCUUCACCAUGAUAUCUUGAGAGAUGAUACAGGAAGGUUGCCUCCAGCUCCUGGACCACAGCCGCCAUGUCAGCCCUGAGAAUAAUUGUUUUUCGUAAGGCUGCCAGACUUAUGAACCAGUGUAGUAUAAUGGCUAAAAGAGACUGUGCUGUAAAGUGGGAAUCCCAACGCAAAUGUGUCGUGUACACACAAGUCACUACCCUCUCUCAGGCAUAGCCCCUCAUCUGUGAUACUGGGGUAACAAAUAGUUUCCUUAUAAGGCUAUUGUAACGAUGAUUACGAUAAUAAUGAGAAGUGCUGUGAGCAGUUGGAAGUGCUAUGCAAAUAUUAAACAUUUUUCUAUCAGCCUUUCUUUUGCUUGCAGAGAUGGUUAGCAUUUUAAUGCAGAAUUACUGAGCUUGUGUCUCCCAGAAUUGGUGCUUGAGUCAGAAGCAAUGUGGUGGAUAGAUAACUGCAUAUUCCCUAGCUCCUACUGUUCUUCCACUCCUUUCCAAAUGUUCAAAGGAAUGUGCACAUAUGAAAAAUGUACCCGGAAAAAUGCAAAUUUUAGUCAGUGGUA